GGUGUGGUGGGAGCUCUGGGCUCUUGGGCUCUGAAAGAAAUUUAUAGAAACUACAGUUUGGAGAGCAGCAAGGAAAGACGCUGCUUUAAGUUCCCUCCUGGUUUUAAUCCUGAUAGACAGCAGACAGAUCCAGGUGUGAACACGUGAGGUGGGGAGGAUUGAUGUGAACUGACCUCAUCCUCCUGAGACGGUGAGAGAUCUAGGGCGAACGAGACACGAAGCGAGAGGUUGAAGAGGAGCAGACAUGGCGGAGGCACCAAAGAUUGAACUUUUUGUCAAGGCAAGCGAUGAUGGGGAAAGUGUUGGGAACUGCCCGUUCUGUCAGCGGCUCUUCAUGAUACUUUGGCUGAAGGGGGUCAAUUUUACCCUUACCACAGUGGAUAUGAAGAGAGCACCUGAGGUACUAAAAGACCUGGCUCCAGGUUCUCAGCCCCCAUUUCUCAUCUACAACGAAGAGGUCCGCACUGACACCAACAAGAUCGAAGAGUUUCUGGAAGAGACCCUCGCACCUCCACGCUAUCCCAAAUUGUGCUGCCGAUACAAGGAGUCUAACACAGCUGGCGAUGAUAUCUUUCACAAAUUUUCAGCGUACAUUAAAAAUCCCAAUCCCGGCCUUAAUGAUAUGCUAGAGAAGAAAUUUCUUAAGAGCUUAAUGAAGCUGGAUCAGUAUCUGUUGACCCCCCUUCCCUAUGAACUGGACCAGAACCCAGACUCAGCACAGUCACAAAGACACUACCUGGACGGAAACUCACUCAGUCUUGCAGAUUGCAACCUACUACCAAAACUGCACAUUGUUAAGGUGGUGUGCAAGAAGUACCGUGGUUUUGAGAUGCCAUUGGCGCUGAAAGGCCUGACGAAAUACUUAGAAAAAGCAUACCGGGAGGACGUGUUUAGCCUCACAUGCCCAAAAGAAAAAGAGAUCCUGCUUGCAUACCAUUCAGUGGCCAAAUAUCUCAACAAGUAAAACUGGACUUCAAAGAGGAAGGGGAAAAUACGGGUCAAAAAUUACUUGGAAUUUAAGAUGUCUACUGUAUAGCAUAUGUUUGUAAAUCUUUAUUAAUAUGGGAACGCAUAUCGUAUGAAUUGGUGAAGGUUGUUUUUGUGUUUAUUUUUUAUUUCGAAACCACAGUUGUGAAUAUCAAAUACCUGCCUUGCUUGCUCAUGCCAUUUGUAGUAUUUAAAUGUGUGUCACUACUGUCCCGGCCUAUCAUGUAUGACUUUAGUUUGAUGUGCACUCUUGUGGAAAAGUUAGCUUGUUCAUAAAUACUAUGUGACAUGAGACAUAUCAUUGGAUUGAAAUUCUACCCCAUGAGAAGUAAAUAGAAGACAAAGCACUAUACAACUAAUGAGAUGUUACUCAUGUCAAAUGACAUUGAUGCUUUAAAGGAUCAACUUUUGAAACCUUUAUUAUGUAAUUAAUACAACAAGCAGCUUGCGAACAAAUAAAGUCCUUGUGCACGUAAAAAACGUAGU